UGCAAGAACAAUGCCACAGUACUGCAUUGUUUGGCAUGCUUACAGGGGGUGACUAAUUAAAAUACCACUGUGAAAGGAAUCUUGCAUCAUUCAUGUCUUGUCCCCUUAAACUUUUUUCAGAGAUAGGGAUGGAGGUAGUAGGAAGGAGAUGAUGGUCUGUUUCUGUUGGUGUCUGAGGCUUGAGUUGUGUAUAAAAGGGAAAGCCUGUGGCCUUUGGAAGCAUACAAUGAUCAGAAAUUGAGAGUGAGAGGAGGAGAGAGCUAAGUUAGUUAGAGCUCAGUAUAGGAAACAGUCUUGGAGUCACUUCUCUGACAUAAAAACUGAUAGAGCAGUUAUAGACCCAGCGAAGAAGCAUAUCUUCCUUCACAAAUGACAAUGCCGAUGGAGCAAGUCUUCGAGCACUACGACAAAGACACCCUAAAGAUGGCCAUGCUGAAGCAUGAAGAGACUUUCAGACAGCAGGUUCAUGAGCUCCAUCGUCUGUACAGAAUUCAGAAGCUUCUGAUGAGAGACCUGAAGAGGGAGCUCAAGAACCAGAGCAACAUGUCAACCUCCUCCCCGAACGGAUUCGCCGAGUACAGCAGAGCCGCACUGGACGCCAUGCGCUCCUACGAGCAAUGCUACGGCGCGGCCACUCGCCGCGGCGCCGCCGUCCACCACGCGGCGGCGGCGGCCCGCGCGGCGCUGAGCCUCGUGCCGGCGGUCGAGUACGCGCAGAGCCCCGAGGAGGAGGACGCGGAGGAGACCGACGACGAGGAGGAGGCGGCGGCGGCGGAGCUGGAGCUCACGCUCGCCGUGGGCGACGCCGCCAGUGCCAAGAAGAGGUACAGCCGCAACGAGCACCACUCCCCCGGGCAGAGCUUCUCGUCGUCGUCGACGGAGUCCGACGUGCUCGUCACAGGCGUCCGGGACGCGGACGCGGCCUCGCCGCCGUACCACCACAAGCGGAGGCCGGGUCCGGCGGCGGCGUUCGACGUGGUGCAGGUGGACGACGGCGCCGUGCAGGCGGCGCCGCCGCCGCCGCCGCUGCUGUUCCACUGGCUCAGCCUUCGGAUGGCGUGAGAGAGAGAGAGAGAGGAAGGAGAAGCACGGACGCGUGCAUGCAUGUACUGUCUCAUGGCCGGCCGGGCGGGCAGUGUCAGCCAGCACGCAGCUGACUUCUUGUCGUCGUUGAGUUGUACUCCACCAUGCUUCUUUGCUUUGCUUCCCGCUUGGUUAAUGGAUCAACUCUAGAAAAAUAAAGUUAACUUGUAGUUGAGGGACAAUGUAGAAGAAGAAGCUACUUUCCGAAAGAGGGAGGAGAAUGUACGGAGCUUUUUCAGAAGAAGUUAUUUUUGACGAUCGCGCAAAAAUAU